CCCCGAGAGGGAGAAAGUUUCUCAUGUGGGCUGUGGGGCUGAUUUUGUUCCCCCACCACCAUUCUGAGAAGACCAAGUCAAGCAUGAGAUUUAUGUCUCAAGGAUUAUCCACUUUUACAACUGGAAUAGGUUUUCCCUGUUAGAGCUGUGGCCUGGGAAAUACUUGCAUUAGAAAGGCAAUGUUCAGCCCACCCCAAUGCUCUUGGGGCCUACUGGCCUCCUCCACAUGGGGCUGCAGACCUCUGGGGUCUGUGGGCAGCAGCUCUGAUUGGUUUUGGGCAUGUGUGUGUGCACAUGUGUAUCUGUCUCAUGAUGGCUUGGCAGAGCUCUCAUGUCAGGUCAUAUUUUUAGGAUUCACUGGCCAAUCAGACUGCAGGACAGCUUCAGUCUCUGCUUGGGCCUUGCCUUUGAUGUCACAAUCUGUCUGUGUAUGUUAAUCUGGCUGCAGCGGCUCACAGACCAGAACAGCAGGAUCAAGGGGACCAGCACAGUAAGAUGUGGAAGAGGAUGGACCACCUGUCCAAGAUCAAAGCUGGGGAUGGACUCAAGGCGGGCCAGUUCAAGGCUCUGGGGUCUGCUAGGGACCCAGCCACACCACCCCCAGAGAAUGUAUCGGGACUUCAGAGCUUCCCCGUGCUGGAGGACAUCAGCCACUACAUCAAAGACGCGGGGGCCCAGCUGGUGAAGAAAGUCAACGCCAUCUUUCAGCUGGAUAUCACCAGAGAUGGGCAGAUCAUCCUGCAGUGGACCAUUGACCUGAAGAACAGAGCUGGGGACAUGUAUCCAGGACCUGCGGGGCUCCCAGCAGACACGGUCUUCACUAUCCCGGAGUCUGUCUUUAUGGAGUUAGUGUUGGGGAAAAUGAACCCACAGAAGGCUUUUUUGGCUGGCAAGUUCAAAGUGAGUGGCAAAGUUCUCCUCAGCCAAAAGCUGGAGAGGGUUUUCAAAGAUUGGGCUAAAUUUUAAGCAUGCAAAAAAUGUCAACGUAAAAAACAAAAACUUCUCUCUGAUGAUAAUGUUGAAUGGGAGUCAUGCUUAAAAUGAAGAUUAAAGUAAAAAGAACCCAAUUUUUUUACUCCAAUUCUUCCUAUUCAGACGUGAUUAAUUUUCCCGCUGCUAUACACUUUUGCAGUGAGAGCCAUGGAGCAGUAAAGAGCACUGGACUAC